AUCCCCUCAAUCAAUGACUUUGAGAUCAUCAAGCCCAUCAGCCGAGGCGCCUUUGGGAAAGUUUACCUUGCCCGAAAGAUGGUCACCAAGGAUCUGUAUGCCAUCAAGAUCUUGAAGAAAGACGACAUGAUCCGCAAAAACAUGGUCUCGCAGGUCCUUGCCGAGCGCAAAGUCCUUGCUUUAAGCCGCAAUCCGUUUGUGGUGAAGUUGUACUAUGCGUUCCAGAGCAAAGAGUAUCUCUAUCUUGUGAUGGAGUAUCUCAUCGGCGGCGACCUGAGUACGCUGCUGCAGGCAUUCGGGUCCUUUGAUGAGGACAUGACUCGGGUGUAUGCCGCCGAAGUGGCCCUGGCACUCGAGUAUCUGCACAACAACGGUAUCACGCACAGGGAUCUGAAGCCAGAUAAUAUGUUGCUCAACUCUGAGGGGCAUAUCAAGCUCACGGACUUUGGCCUCUCGCGAAUAUCAGUUCCUGGAGAGAUCGACGGAGCUUCAGAAAACAUCUUGAGCCGGUUCAACUCCAGCAAGCCAAUACUGGGGACGCCAGACUAUCUUGCACCGGAGCUCUUGCUGGGAAUCGAUCACGGCCCAGCAGUGGACUGGUGGGCUUUUGGAAUAUGCGUCUAUGAGUUUCUGAACGGAUUCCCGCCCUUCACCGGCGAGUCUCCCGAGGUCAUUUUCAAAAACAUCCUGACACAAGAUGUCGAGUGGGCAACAGACGAGGAGGGGAUAUGCCUGCUAUCCGACAUCGCUCAGAGCUUUGUCAUGGAGCUCCUAAUGUCCGAUGCAAAGCGGCGUCUUUGUGCGCCAAAGAUACGAUCGCAUCCGUUCUUCCGAGAGGUUGACUGGGAUAGCCUCCGCGAUCAGCCUGCGCCAUUCAUUCCCAAGCCACUGGAUCUAUGCGACACCAGCUACUUUGCCGGUACGAGGAAUGCUGUGGCUGCGGGCGCUGCAGAGGGUUGGCCAACCAACGGAUGCUGCUCAUCUGUGUUGCUCAUCUGUGUUGCACACAUGUGUUGCUGCUCCUCUGCAUGGUGUGGCGUUGCUUUGAGCGAUGGCUCAUUCUCUCGACGAUUUGCCUUUGCUUCCAGCACGCAACACACGUCCUGA